ACGGGAGGACGCGCGGCCGCUGCUCACUGGGCCGGUGGCGGCGGCGGCGGCGGAGGACGCGGACCGGGCGGUGGCGGCAACGGGAGAGCCGCGGGCAGCUGCCUCGCUGCACGCGGGCCGGGAUGAGGGUCUGUGGCGGCGCGGCUCUCGCGCACCCGGCUGGGCAACGUCUUCCCGACUGAUGCUGGAGGGGGCAUCCCGAUGAUCCACUGAGACGAGUCACCUGGGUCCUCGAGAAGAGACGGCAAUGUCACAGGCGCAGGAGUACGAAUGCGAGAGCCACAAUGCCAGCGCGCAGGAGCCUCGGAUUUCAGGGUCGAGCACCAGGCUGGAGUGGGUGGAGAUCAUUGAGCCGCGCACGCGCGAGCGCAUGUAUGCCAACCUCGUCACGGGCGAGUGCGUGUGGGACCCGCCCGCGGGCGUCCGCAUCAAACGAACCAGCGAGAACCAGUGGUGGGAGCUCUUCGACCCCAACACGUCGCGCUUCUACUACUACAGCGCCACCACGCAGCGCACCGUGUGGCACCGGCCUCAGGGCUGUGACAUCAUCCCCUUGGCCAAGCUGCAGACCCUGAAGCAGAACACUGAGUCCCCCCGGGCCUCAGCGGAAAACAGCCCGGGGCGUGGCAGCAGUGUCAGCCGCGACGGCAGCACCAGCUCCUCCCUGGAUCCCGAACCGGACGCCUGCGGGAAGGCACAGGAGCCGCUGGGGAGGAGCCGGCAGAUGGCAUUUGGGGCUGCAGAGGAGGAGACCGGCAGCUCCUCCCCACCAGGAGUGUUCCUUGAGAAGGACUAUGAGAUUUACCGGGAUUACAGCGCAGACGGCCAGCUGCUGCACUACAGGACCUCCUCCCUCCGGUGGAACUCGGGCACCAAGGAGCGCAUGCUCAUCAAAGUGGCUGACCGGGAGCCCAGCUUCUUCUCCCCUCAGGGCAAUGGGUACCCCCUGGACAGCCAGUCAGGGGGCCGUUCCCGUAGACCCUCGGGUGGGCAGCACUCACCCAGCCUGCAGACAUUCACCCCGGACGCGGACGGCUCGGUCUUCUUCCCCGAGCGGAGGCCGUCGCCCUUCUUGAAGAGGGCUGAGCUGGGCAGCUGCUCUCCGCUGCUGGCCCAGCCCCGCAAGCCCGCCUGUGACUCACAGCCCUCCUCCCCGCGCUAUGCCUACGAGCCCCCCCUCUAUGAGGAGCCCCCCAUCGAGUACCAGGCCCCCAUCUACGACGAACCCCCCAUGGACGUACAGUGUGAGGCUGGUGGGGCCUGCCAGGCCGGCUCACCCCAGCGGUCUCCAGGCCGCAAGCCGGUGCCCUUCCCACAGUCGCCCAAGCAGACCUCGCCCUCCCCCUUCCAGCAGCUGGUGCUGACCCGGCAGAAGUGCCCGGAACGCUUCCUGAGCCUGGAGUACAGCCCCGCGGGCAAGGAGUACGUGCGGCAGCUCGUCUAUGUGGAGCAGGCCGGCUCCAGCCCCAGGCUGCGGGCAGGCCCCCGGCACAAGUACACCCCCAACCCCGGAGGGGGCUCGCUCUCCCUGCAGCCCAGUCCCUGCCUGCUGCGGGACCAGCGCCUGGGCAUCACGUCCGGGGACUACAGCAGCAUGGAGGGGCCCGAGCCGCGGCAUGGCCCCCCGCCCUCACCGCUCCCCCAGACCCAGGACGAUGCCAUGUCCUGGUCUAGCCAGCAGGACACCAUGUCCUCGACAGGCUACUCCCCGGGCACACGCAAGAGGAAGAGCAGGAACCCCUCCCUGUGCCAUGCCCCCAGCGCUUCGUCCACUGACGGCCCUGGGGACCGCGACCUGCUCCCGCAGUCCCUGGCUGAGGAGCGGCCCAAGUGUGGGCCCGGCGUGGCCCCAAAGCACACGGACGCCAAGGCAGGCGAGGCGGACGGGGCCCGGGGGGGGGCCGAGCCCUUCCUGGCCCAGGCCAGGCUGGCCUGGGAGGCGCAGCAGGCCCACUUCCACAUGAAGCAGCGGGGCAGCUGGGACUCCCAGCAGGACGGCUCGGGCUACGAGAGCGACGGGGCCGUGCCGCUGCCCAUGCCCGGGCCCGUGGUGCGCGCCUUCAGCGAGGACGAGGCCUUGGCCCAGCAGGAGAGCAGCAAGCACUGGCAGAGGGGCGCCUUGGAGAGGCUCGCCUUCCCCCAGAUCCUGCUCGAGAAAAGUGUCUCCGUGCAGACCAACCUGGCCUCACCUGAGCCCUACCUCCACCCCUCACAGUCCGAGGACCUCGGCACCUGUGCCCAGUUUGAGAGCAGCCGGCAGGCCCGCAGCGUGAUGCCCAGCGCCAGCUGCGUGUUCCCCACGUUCACUCUGCGCAAGCCGUCCUCGGAGACCGACAUCGAGAACUGGGCCUCCAAGCACUUCAACAAGCACACGCAGGGCCUCUUCCGGCGGAAGGUGUCCAUCGCCAACAUGCUGGCCUGGAGCAGCGAGUCCAUCAAGAAGCCCAUGAUCGUGACCAGCGACCGCCACGUGAAGAAGGAGGCAUGCGAGAUCUUCAAGCUGAUCCAGAUGUACAUGGGCGACCGGCGCGCCAAGGCAGACCCGCUGCACGUGGCCCUGGAGAUUGCGACCAAGGGCUGGAGCAUGCAGGGUCUGCGGGACGAGCUGUACAUCCAGCUGUGCCGGCAGACCACUGAGAACUUCCGCCUGGAGAGCCUGGCGCGCGGCUGGGAGCUCAUGGCCAUCUGCCUGGCCUUCUUCCCACCCACACCCAAGUUCCAUUCCUACCUGGAGGGCUACAUCUACCGGCACAUGGACCCCGUCAACGACACCAAAGUGACACAGCACAUGAAGGAACUCCUGGAAAGGAACACUAAGAAGAAGUCCAAGUUGAGAAAGAAACCCAAGCCCUAUGUUGAGGAGCCGGAUGGGGUGGCGAUAAGCACAUAUGCCAAGUACUGUUACCACAAGCUGCAGAAGGCAGCCCUGACUGGGGCCAAGAAGGGGCUGAAGAAGCCCAACGUGGAGGAGAUCCGGCACGCCAAGAACGCCGUGUUCAGCCCGUCCAUGUUUGGCAGUGGGCUGCAGGAGGUCAUGAGCAUGCAGAAGGAGCGCUACCCUGAGCGACAGCUGCCCUGGGUACAGACACGGCUGUCUGAGGAGGUCCUGGCGCUCAACGGUGACCAGACGGAAGGCAUCUUCAGAGUCCCUGGGGACAUCGAUGAGGUGAAUGCCCUGAAGCUACAGGUGGACCAGUGGAAGGUGCCUACAGGCCUGGAGGACCCCCACGUCCCUGCGUCGCUGCUGAAGCUGUGGUACCGAGAGCUGGAGGAGCCCCUGAUCCCGCACGAGUUCUACGAACAGUGCAUCGCGCACUAUGAAAACCCCGAGGCAGCCGUGGCCGUGGUGCAUGCACUGCCGCGCAUCAACCGCCUGGUGCUGUGCUACCUCAUCCGCUUCCUCCAGGUGUUCGUGCAGCCCGCCAACGUGGCCAUCACCAAGAUGGAUGUCAGCAAUCUGGCUAUGGUGAUGGCGCCCAACUGCCUUCGCUGCCGAUCAGAUGACCCGCGUGUCAUCUUCGAGAACACUCGCAAGGAGAUGUCUUUCUUACGUGUGCUCAUCCAGCACCUGGACACCAGCUUCAUGGAGGGCGUGCUAUAGCACGUGGGCUGAGGGACUGAGGGUGGGGACAGAGCCAGGCUCGGGGGCACCCGGGCCAGCGAGCACGCGGGGAGGGGGGAGGGAAUGCCCCAGCCGCGGAGGUAGCAUGCCAGGCUCCGCCCAUGCCCGCCCCAGCCCUGGAAAUCUGCCCCCCAUCUCCCUUUUCCAGGCCUGAGGGCUCAGCCAGGGCAGAGGGACUGCCAGAAGGGUGCCUCUGGCCCCACCCAUCUCGUGGCCAGUUCCUGGGCUUGGCCCCCAAUACCCCGCCCCGCAAAGCCAGCCACCGGUCAGCCCUGAGAAAGUGCCUUCUGUUUCCUGGAGCCAAGUGACACUGCCCCACCCUGGCGAGCCGUAGGGCACAGAGCUGCCUCCCCAGGGCUUCUGCUCAGCCUGGUCCUGGCCAGAGCCCUGCCAGGUUCCCCCUCCCUCCUUCAGUCUCCUGGUCUGCAGCUUUCUCCCUCCCAAACCCCUGCCACUUGUGGCCUCCACCGUAGUGACUGCACGGGAACUUGGGGGCUCCAGGGCACUGGGCUGUCCACCAUCAGAGCCAGGCCCAGCUAGCCCAGGGCCUGGCAGAGCAUCUCUGGGGUGGGGAGGGGCCCCCAAACCAAAGUCCUCUUGGGGGGGCAGGCUUGGGCAGGCAUUCUUGGGGCAGGGUGGGGGAGGGACGAGAGUAUUUUUUCUUGGUGUAACUACAAUUUAGAAUCUAUCCUGCAGCCCAACCCGCCUGUGUAUAGAGAUAUAAAUAGAGGGAAAGAUAUAAGAACUAAAUUUGCUAACGACAUAGUUUUAACCCAAAUGCUAUUUAUCUCCAAGCCUUCCUAGCCCAUCCUCUGUGCGGAGCAAGUUGUCACUCCUUUCUUUUUUUAUCCGCUUCUUGGCUUCUGACCAAAACACAGACCCUGCCCCAUCCCCAAGGGGACCUGCAUCGGAUGAGAGGGGAGGAGCUGGGGUGGGGGAACAGGGGGGCCCAGGACUGCCCUUCCUGGGGGCUCGAGCUGGGGAGAGGGGACACCUACACUUUCAGUUUGUACAUUUUCCAUUUUGGAAUUUUCAGUUCCAGUUAUAAGACUUAAUUUCUCCCUACUUUUUAUAUAUAUAUAUAUUUUUAGAGUUGAGUUUUUAUUUAUUAAAAAAGCCCAGCCCUGCAGAGGCCCCCGUGACCCUGGUGCGGGGCAGGGGGGUCCUCAGUCGGAUGGUCUUGGGGCCUGGGCGGUGGCGACUAGGGUCACAGACUCUUGCUCUGACGCAUGGACUCGAGAGGUGACAACUUCGUGUGAAUAAAGUACAUAUGGAAACUUG